AUUUGCGACUAAUCAUUUCGUUAAUGCUUGUGGUGACCCACCAUAAACGAAAGACCUCUCACCUUCCUUGGUGGAAGUUCUUCUCCAUGUAUGUCUAUUUGUUAUCCCACCUUUUCUUUUUAAUCAAACUAAACAUCUAAAACCCUAAACCUUACCAUAAUAAUUUACUGUUUUCCUACCCUGAAAAAUUGUCUUCCUAUCUGAAAGUCGUUGAAAUAGCAGGUGCUAGGAGGGAAAGUGUAGCGAAGAAGUCUAAAAUGAUGACAACUGACUCUUCUUUAACUGACGCUUUUAGCAACUAUGCUGAAUAUCUCAAUAACCUUAAUGACAAGAGAGAAAGAGUGGUCAAAGCAAGUCGUGAUAUCACAAUGAACAGCAAGAAAGUUAUUUUUCAAGUGCACAGAAUCGGUAAAGAUAACAAAGAUGAAGUACUAGAGAAGGCAGAGAACGAUCUACAAGCUGUGCGGAACAAAUAUAUCUCUCGACUUGUAAAGGAACUAAAUGGGACCGACUUUUGGAAGCUGAGACGUGCAUACUCUCCUGGGGUACAAGAAUAUGUAGAAGCUGCAUCAUUCUGUAAAUUUUGCAGAACUGGAACUCUUUUGAAUAUCGAUGAGAUAAAUGCAAGUUUUUUACCAUUAAACAAUCCUUCCGUUGAUCCUCUGCAAAUUAAUAUACUUGACUACCUUUUGGGGCUUGCAGACUUGACUGGAGAGUUGAUGAGACUGGCUAUUAGUCGAAUAUCUGAUGGUGAACUUGAUUUUGCUGAUAAGAUAUGCAGAUUUGUUCGCGAUUUGCAUAGGGAGCUGAUUCUUCUUGUUCCAGAUAUGGAUGACAACCAUGAUAUGAAAACAAAAAUGGACACGAUGCUUCAAAGUGUGAUGAAAAUAGAACAUGCUUGCUUCAGUGUACACGUGAGAGGAUCCGAGUAUAUUCCAUUGAUCAGAUCAAACGAUCCUAGCUUUACACCGAUGGAAGUACCUGAUAUAGAGCUGUAAAUAAUCAUUAGUCUCCAAUUAUCGGUGCGCUCAUGUUUUUGUGCUCUCAUCUCGAAGCAUCCAUAAGUUCUUGCUGCAUUUUGCUUUACGCUACAUGCUAGUUGCUGGUUGAUCCCUUACCCCGAUCUAUUUUUAUGAGCAGUGAAGCAUGAUGGGAUUGUAUUUCUUGAGUACUGUUGUGCAAGAUUGUGUUCUUGUAAUAGCUAGGAGAAAUUAUGGUUGAUGUA